CACUGACGGCAGAGUGCAGUGAUAAUAUGAUUGUUAAAUUUCUGUGUAAAUGGUUGUAGGAGGAAACUGGGGGUUCAAUGGCGUCGAACUCUGUAAAGGAACUGAAAAUAACAAAAAUGGUCGAAAUAGAACUGAAUAAUGAAGAUAAAACAACUUAUUCCAAGUAAUUUCUUCCAGAAGUCAAAAAAGAAACGAAAGGUUGAAAAGAAUAAAGACAUUUUGAAGGAUACAAAACACUUUGCAGACCAUAUAAAACACGCUGAAUUUUCAGUACAGUCACGCGAAAACAGUAUUUCAAACCUGGUAGACAUAGAUUCAGACUUGGAUACUCUUUUUGAUACCCUUCGUUCUAGAGCUAAUCGAACACACGCAACACAGCAAACAUUGGACUCUGAUUUCGAUGCAUUACAACCAGAGAUAUUGUCAUUUGAAGACAAAGAACAAUACAAUAGUUUAAAACAAAGGACACGAAUUCGAACAAACCCUUGGGUUCAACUUCCGGUUACUGAAGUGGCAUCUGAGCUGUGUAAUUGUCAACCAAAUCCAAAGGACACGUUUACGGUUAACAAAGAAUUCGGCGAUCAAUGGGAAUACAGCGUCAUUGAACGACUCAUAUCUCAAAACAUUUUCGAGUUGAAAAGUACUUGCAAACAACAAACAUUUCAAAAUAAUUUAGAAAUAAUUUCUGAAAGACAAAAACGAUCAGACGGUACAGAUAUCGACACCCGUUACCGUUGGUCCAUCAUUUCGGAAGGCGACAUAUCAGUGGACUGGAGUUGUGAGGAGUUCUGUGAAUGUUACGAUAUCGAUUCAAAAAAUGGCAACGUAAGUUACAAUGCGCAAUAUGAAAAUGACCUUGACCUCAUUUUAGAGCAGAGCAUUUCGGAGGGAGACUUCACAAAAGUUUCGAUGGAGGACCUGCUGAACGAAGUCGUAAAUGAAUCAGACUGCAACAGAGAGAGUAACGAAGGAAAGGAUAUCAACAUAGCAGCUGAAGAUAGUUCACAGGACUCAAGCGAAAGUCCCUAUCCAUUCACUGAUAUUGGCUUAAUGCAAGAAUCUUUGGACGCAGGAUACGCAAGCUUAACGCGAGAUGGCACGCUUAGUACAGAUGACGAGGAAAGAAAUGAUUCAGGAAUGGCAGACUCUUGGAGGGAACCCCCAGAAACAGAGGCUGGUGAAACAUCAACAGAAUUAAACGGCAUCGUGGACACAACCCCUAGUGGAAGAACGCUACCGGAAGUGAAAGAGAGUCUGCAAGACAAGAUUAACCAGCUUCGGCUGGAAAAGUUAAUCGUGCAAAAUAAAAUCAGGGAGGCUAAGGAAGAGGAAAAAUCCCGAAUAGAGCAACGGAGGCUCUUACAGGGAAAAUACCCGGCUGAAAGAAAAUUAUCUCUCUUCAAAACCUUAAUUGACUUAAAACAAAGAUUGGAAAACCAGACUUUGCGAAUACAAAGAAGCUAUUCUGCUGUUCUAAUAAUGCAGAAAAACUUCUCUCGCCAGAAAUCUCCUGUACUCUGUGUUCCCACCCAUAUCACAUUGUAGUAAGUCUCUGUAGUCCCAUCCUUAUCAAUUCACAUUAUAGACAUUUCUAAAUAAAGUCCCUCUCACCCGCAUGGCAUUAUAAACAUUUCUAAGUAAAGUGUCUUUUAUUUUCUGAGUGUCUAUUUAUAACUGAGAUUUAUUCCAUCUUGGUUUGUAUUGUAUGUAGUGAAUUUGUAAUAUCGAAACCAUUUGAUAAAGUUGAUUUAACAGAUGCUACACAUAAGCAAUUUCCCAGAAGGACAUUUUUGUUUUCCCAAUAAAUCUGUUUGUUGUCUCCUAAAAAUUUCCUCAUGAUUAGUGCUAUUUCCCAUUUUGUUGCAUUUGUUGUGAGAAAAAAAUAAAGUACUUGUGAUUUGUAA